AUGGCGCUCAGUACCACAUCUACAGAGAUGACCAUUUCUCAGCUUCCCUACGGCAAAGCCCUCUACGCAUAUGAAGGAAAAGAGCCUGGUGACCUCAAGUUUAACAAGGGGGACAUCAUCAUACUGCGGCGAAAGGUGGACGAGAACUGGUACCAUGGUGAGCUCAAUGGGAACCAUGGCUUCUUCCCGGCCAGCUACAUCCAGUGUAUCAAGCCCCUCCCGCAAGCUCCACCUCAGGGCAAAGCACUUUAUGACUUUGAAAUAAAGGAUAAAGACCAAGACAAGGACUGCCUGACCUUCACCAAGGAUGAAAUUUUGACGGUCAUCAGGAGGGUAGAUGACAACUGGGCAGAAGGAAUGUUGGGUGACAAGAUUGGCAUUUUCCCUAUCCUCUAUGUUGAGCUGAACGAAUCUGCCAAGCAGCUCAUUGAGAUGGACAAGACGUGCUUGGCUGCUGCCUCUGGCUCAGCAGGCGCGGGGACGGCCGGGGCUGCCCAGCGGCAGGCAGAGGGCAAGAAGAACGCCAAGAAGCGCCACUCCUUCACCGCCCUCAGCAUGACGCACAAGUCCUCCCAGGCCGCCAGCAACCGGCACUCCAUGGAGAUCAGCGCCCCCGUCCUCAUCAGCUCGAGCGACCCACGGGCGGCCGCCAGGAUCGGGGACCUCACCCACCUCUCCUCCAGCGCCCCAGCCCAGGUAAGCUCUCAGCAGGAGGGUGAAGGUGAGGAUAUGGCCUCCACACAAAGCAGCACGUGUGCCAAGGUGUACUGGGACAUCAGCAAAGCAGCACAAGCAUUAGACAUGAGUGAAGGUCCCAAGCUUGUCAAGUAA